AUGAUUGAUGGUGUUGGUAAUAAUGUAAUAUUUAGUGUAUGUAUUAUUAUUAUUACUAUUGUUAUUGUUUACUAUGAACAAAGUAAAGGUGAAGGUAUAGCUAUCGAGUUUUGUUUUGGUGGUUUGUUAUUGAAUGAAUCUUUACAUUACCCACAAAACGAAAUGUCUACAACAACAACAACAACAAAUGGAAAUGGAACAUCCAACCAUGGUGUUUUAAAAUCAACUAUAGGUGAUAAAGAAGAAGAUGAUAAAGAUACUUCAAUGAUCACAGAUACAGUUGUCGAUAAAAAAGAUGAAAUCAGAUCGAUGUGGCAAAUGGCAUUUAUACAUCAUUUCUUAACGCUGUUUGUUAAACCACUGCAUGUAAAGACAAUCUAUAUAGAUGAACUAGAGAAUGCAUUGAUAGAGCCCGAUGAAUUUAAAACCUAUCUAACUGAACUAUUCGUUCCGUUAUUACGUCCAGUUGCAAAGCCAAAGUCUGGUGGUAUAAAUCCAGAGACAUGGGAAGGUGUAUUGAAACAUGAAGUAUCAAAGAAAUCAUUCGAUUGUUUCGUUGAGAGUCCGUACCCAGAGGAUUCCGAAAGCUUUACAAGUCUGUCGUUGGUCGACAGAGUGUUGGAUCGCGAGAAACAACAAGCUCAACAAAAACAAUUUUUGAAUAACGCUGGCAAUACCGGUUUGGUGAUAAGACAGUUCCGUUCGCCAAGACUGGUGGAGUUGCAAAUCAAGAAACUAGAGGAGGAACGACAGGAACAAGAAAGAAGAAAACAAAGAGCAGAGAAUGGAAAGCGUGGCGCUAACAGUCGCGAUAAAGAUGACGAUGGUGAAGAUGAAGACGACGAUGAAGAAGAUGAAGACGACGAUGAUGAAUUCGAUCAUCACGAAAUGCAACAUAGAAUACUUGGAUUGCGACCAAGAAAGAGACAAGCAACCAACACAACCACUACCACCACAACCACUAGCAAUCAUAGCAGCAAUAGCAACGGUCCCACACAGAUUCAACAGACAAGUAGUGGUAGAAGAAUUGUUCAAAGACAACUCGAUGAAAAUGGUCUACCGAUGUUACCUCGUUAUCCUCGAAACAACAGAAUAAUAGAGACCGAUCCAGUCGAAGAAGAUCAAUCCGAACCAAGCACUAACAACAGUAAUAAAAACUCUGAUGAAGAAAUAACAUCAGAAUCAUAUUUGGUGAUGAAUUUCUUUAGAAAACUAUUAGAUAUACCAGAGGUUAAGCCUGACGAUGCAAGAGAAAGAGAAGAGUUGGGUAUUACCGAUGAAUUGAUUGCAUUCGUAAAGAAUAUCUCAAAGUAUCCAGAGUCUUUUAAGGAUUUCCCAUUACAAACGCUUUCGAAUAAUACACAAUUUAGAUUAAGUUCAUUACAGACUAGACAUGUCAAUAAGAUUAUAACUAUAGUAGAACCUUUGAAUGAAUUGAGAUUUAAAUUAUGUCCUUUACAUAUGAAAGAUGAUGUAUUUUGGAGGAUCUAUUUCAUUCAUAUAUCAAAGGUUACAACUCAAGUAUUCGAUACAGAUGAUAUACAUAAGAAACCAUCGUCUAGUCUUGAUGAGCUGGAUUCACAAUUAGAUCAAAUAACAGCAUCUGCACCCAACUUGAUGCAGUACGAUCAGGGUUUGAAUGAGGAUGAGGAUAACUACUACUCUGACAAUACCUACAUAGAUAUACAACGUAAAGAAAAAGGAUUGGACGCCGACAAAGAAGCAGAGGUCCCAAAUUCCGAUUUGAUUGCAUUGAAAAAUAAGAUUUUAGCAUUGGAUCAAACUAUUGAAAAGAGAAAACAACAACUAAUACAACAACAACAACAACAACAGCUACAACAACAACCAAACAAUCAACAGACAUCACCAACACAACAGACAGUUUCACCUACACAACCAACAACAAAACCAUCAAGUCCUGGAUUUUUAGAUUUAGAUUUUUUCAGUUCAAUUAUCAAAUAA